AGCAUUAUUUAUUUUGGUCGAAUGUUUGAUAACAAAAAUUAAGUCAUGAGAAGAUAAUAAACUACAUGGAAUUUUGCAAGUUAGUCUUCUGCUACAACGAUGAUCCCGAGCUAUUGAAUAAAUCAGAAAACCUACGGAAUAAAAAUGAGUACCUUCCUUGUAGUUGUGGAAGCGGAGGACAAAUUAUUGGAUUAGGUCAAUACUGUGCUUGUUCUGAUAGCGAGACGAAAUUCUUGAGAAAAAUUGAAACGUGUACUUGCAUAUGUAAAAGUGGAUUUUCAAAAAUAGAAAGCAAAUAUCGGAAAGAAGAUAAAUCAACUAUAACCAAUAAAAACUGCUGCGAAUGUCAAAAAGGCAGAAAAUGUCUCAAACGAGAAAAAAAUAUAUUACAUGUAGAAAAAGCAACAAGUACUGAUGAGCCUCUUUGCACAUGUUGUUCCAAAAAUCAUAUAUCAAAAAAUAUAAUAGUGAGCAAUUCUGAAGAACAAUAUAUGGAUCAAAAUUCGAAUGAACCAUGCAGUUGUGGCUGUAUUUGUUCAGACGAAAGGCAGACACCAACUAAAGAGACAAAAGUGUUAAAAGAUAAGAAUGUAUCCACCGUUAACAUUAGCGCAAAUAGAGGUCCUAUACUGCGUAGUAAUUCAAGAAGUUCUUCUAAGGUAUCCCAGAAGUCAAUUAGUUCCAAGCUUUCUCCAUGUCCAAGUGAAGUAGUUAAAGGCAAUCUACCAACAAAGUCGACAAGUACAAGCAAGUUACGUCACGUUUGCUUUUGCCCUGAACCCAACUCACUUAUUCAAGAUGAAACAGCGGAACGUUCAAAAAGUGGAUCAAAGGAUUUUUCUGAAAUCACUGAAUUAUCAUCACUUAAAUCAGAGUCCUUAAAUGAAACAACUUCUCAUUCGCGAUCAACAGGCACCUUAACUAGGUCAACAAUAGGAACAAGAAGCAAAAUUGUUCAGGUAUCUCAAAUAUCCGAAAAUGUACUAGGAUGCGAGAAAUUGGGGAAUAAAACAAACCAAGAAAUAUUUCCUAAUGGAUCGGUAAUUAUGAAACCACAACGUAGUAUAUUGAUUAAACCACUAAUAGAUCAAUCAAAUUGCGAUCUAGUAAAAUCGUCAGAUAAGAAAGUAGCUAAGUCUCAAAAAUCAAGAAAGAUGUCUUCAAAACAAUACUUGGUGAGCUCAACUAAUGAUUUAAUAAAAAUAUGCUCGUGUCCAUUGAGACAGUCAUCUAUACAUUCUUCCGAAAUAUCAGCUAGAGAUUCAGAUGCACAAAAACCUUCAACAAAAGUAGAUGGAACAAUGGAAAGAAGAGAAGCGUCAACAAAUGUAAUCAGCGUACAACAAGAGGAGCAAGUAUCUAGUAGACUUUGUCAAUGUUGUCAAGCUAUUUUCAAGUCGCCUUCGGCUCCUUGUGUUGGUACAAGUACCCAACGCGAUUCAAACUCAGUGAAAUCUAGGAGUACAUCCAUCCAAUCUAUAGAACCAAGAAGUGUUACAAGGGUAUCUCCGUUUGAAACUGAUUCGUUCUUACUGGAAACAAAUGACCUAGAAGCCGUACACGAAGAAGACGCAAUGGAUGACAAUCAAGAUGUAUUCGUAGAAGAAGAUAUGGAAGAAGUCCCGAAGAAAGAUGAAUACUGGAAUAAAAAUGUGAAGGAAAACGUCGAUAAUAGUCAUUGUGAUUUACAAGAGAGAUUUGAAAGGUUUAACGCGGCGUAUGUAAAGAGUAGGGAGAAAAGUAAGCCAACGAAAAGAAAAACUGUUUGGAAAGAAAUAACAGUUACCAAAGAAGAUAUCGAUAUUAUCGACGAAUACUUCAAAGAUAGAUAUGACGAAGAGGAAAGUGCGAAUUCAAUUAAAUAUGGUAGCUUCAAGUACCAUUAUCUAAUGAAAGACAUACCAUGCGCUACUAUUGAAAUUAAAGAAGGCAGCUUACGAGGGCAGGAUGUUGGAACGGAGUACAAUUUUCUAAUGUUGGAUGAAGAAACCAGCAAUACAUCAUUAAACAAGAAUACUAUGAAAGGAAUUGCAAUAAGAUCGUUUGAUUCGGGAGCCAUAGCUAUGGAGAAACAAAGACGAAAUAAUCCAAGUGGGCUAUAUCCAUUAUUUGUACAGAAAUCGCCAGAGAUUAAAGCUUCGCAGAUAAGUCAGAAUCCAACUGAGAAAACAGAAAAAUCUCCAGAUCAUGCAGUAAAUGAGGAAACGAAAGAAAGAAGGGAUAGUGAAAGAAGUGAACGUUUCAGCAUCAAUGAUCGGGUGAGACUAAGUGAAAUAAGGAGAGAAAGUGGACACAAUGAAGAAUUUGUGAAAGAGAAUGCACCAGGAGAAGAGGAAAUGCAAAUUACCGAUUCGACGUGGAUGGGACCAAAUCAAGGAUUGAGUACGAAUAUGGAAACUUAUGAUAGUUUAGAAAGAAUGGUUAUUGAUAAAUUAAAACCAGGGGACCACCACUAUUCCGUUGGUACUAAGGAACCGAUUUCUGUUUUCGAGGAAAUUCUCAAAGAAGAAAAGAGAAAAUUCAAUCGAAAUUCAAUGACUUCUCAACGAUCUGCUACACGUAAGUCCAGAGACCAGAGAUCCAGUAGAUUUUUCGACUUUUUCAGAGGAUGGAUGACACAUAAAUCGGAUACAAAGAAAAAACACGAUAAUUUAAAGCGAAGGAAAAGUAUAACGAUCCGCGAAAGUGACGACGAAAUAAUUUCACAAACUCCAAGUGAAACCUCUGCAGAUGUUCAAGAAGGAUCUCCUGAAAGAAGAAGAACAAGUCUCAAUGCGUAUAAAUCUCGUCCCUUUCCAAAUGUAGCACCCGCACAACAAGAAGGCUAUUAUUCGGCCGGUUCCUGAAAUAUUUUCUAUUUGGAUAUUUUGAAUUUUGCUGUAAAAAAAAUCUUGAAAAAAUAUUCUAUCAAUAAAAAUGUGAAUCUA